GGGCAGAGAGCGGCGCGCACACAGCUUUCCCGAGGUGCCGAGUCCGGGAGCUGUGUCUCCAUGCUGGAGCUGCCACACCAGGGAGGGGACGUAGCCAUGGAGAUGCAAUAGGCGGGGAGGGAUGACUACUCCCAGCGCGCGGACCGGGUCGUGUGUCUGACGUUCUGUCUAGAAAGUUACACAAGGUUCUGAAAAGAGAAGGCGGCGAGCGGUGCACCGGCAUCUACAGGGAGCGUCGCCCCGUGCCCGCACCCAUCACUGUGUACCGGGAGCGGUCAGUGCCCGCACCCAUCACUGUGCCCUGGUACCGGGAGCGGUCAGUGCCCGCACCCAUCACUGUGCCCUGUGUACCGGGAGCGGUCAGUGCCCGCACACCGCUUUUGCAUGGAGCUGCUGGACCCCGUAGUUCUGGUCACCGGAGCCUCCUUCUCCUGUUUCCGCCUGUUGAAUGGAAGGCUGGAGAGCCUGAUUCCCGCACCCAGCUCCGCGCUCAGGAACCCCUGGAAAUGGAGGAACAUCUGGACAUCGCUGGUGCACAGUCUCCUGACAGGGACCUGGGCACUGCUGGGGUUUUACCUUCACCCUCAGAUGGCAGAAGAUCUGAUCUCCACACAUUCCUGCUUCUCGCAUUGCCUCGUUGCUGUCUCAAUAGGUUAUUUCAUCCAUGACUUUGUGGAUAUGCUGCAGAACCAGAAGCUGCAUCAGUCCUGGGAACUGCUCUUCCACCACACUGUGGUUAUCACUUGCUUUGGCAUAUCUGUGCUCCUCCAUCGGUAUGUGGGAUUUUCAGUGGUGGCCCUGCUCGUGGAAAUUAACUCCAUCUUCCUGCAUCUGAGACAAAUACUGCUCAUGGCCAACCUAGUAAAAACCACCGUGUAUAGGCUGAACAGCCUACUGAACCUGGGGACAUAUGUCAUCUUCCGGAUCAGCACGUUGGCUUGGAUGACAAGGUGGCUGGUGAUAAACCGAGAGAACAUUCCUCUGCUCACCUACACAAUUGGCAGUGUUGGGAUGGCCAUAAUGACUGUGAUGAAUAUAGUGCUUUUCUACCGACUCUUGAGAAGCGAUUUCCUUAAGUCAGCCCGAGAUAUGCCAAACGAAAAGGAUAAAUAACAAGUAGAGCUUCAUUCUGAAGAUUCAGGCAGGCUUUUGGGCCAUAAUAUUGUGCCCAUUAUUUGUAGUUCUGUUUGUGAUAUUCACAAGAACCCAAUACUGGAGUAUUACCUUCUCUGAAUCUGUCAGAUGACAUGUCUACUACUCUAGUGAGAAGACCAAAAGAAAGAUUGCCAGGUGCGUCAUACAUUUACCGACAGUCUGGUCUAAAGGGAUGCCACUUCUUGAACCCUUUAGACGCCAUCAGCCAUCAUGUUCAUCCAUUCUCCAGUUCCUUGCUACUAAUAGCUCAUGCACUUAGGUAUCGGUUCAUCUACACCGACCAGACAGCCUCACUUUUUCUGGAUUUUCAUAAAAAAAUGUAUGUCGUGGACGAAAAUCAUGAUAUUUUUCUAAAAAAUUGAAGCAUUGGUAUUGCUGAACACAGCAAAUAUUCAAAGGAAAACUGAACUAUUCAUGUAAGUUCAUUCCAAACGAGUUAUAUCUGUCUAUGGUAUAUAGUUUGGAGGUCGGAGGGUCUCAGUGAUGUCACCAGAUAAUCACUGCAGCUUGGAUCCCAUUCACUUAAGUGGGAGCCAAGUUGCAGUAACCCUGCAUUGCCACCAGAUAAAAUAUUAAAGGCGAUUAGAAAAAAUAGGUCUAUUUUAUAUUUCCAGAAACAGCCCUAUUCUUUGUAUAGGUUGUGUUUGGUAUUGCAACUCAACUCCAUUCACUUAGCUAGAAGAAUAGACACAGACCAUGGACAAAAGGUAGUGGCGUUUCUGGCUAAAAUAGACCUGUUUUUCUAAUUUCAGACAAUGCCUUCCAGGUAAGGUUUCAAAAGGCUGAAUGGUCACAUCCAAAAACUUUAUUACUAUGAAUAUGUGUUAGGGAUUAAUGAACCGAGCUUCUGAUCCAAAAUCUGAAGUUUUUUCGCUCCGUCUCCGUACAGCAUUAAAAUGUAUGCGCUCCAGCGAGGAGAAGGGAGUUAUCGCCGAAGUCCCGGGAUUUUAAUUUUUAACUUGAAAACCAUUUAAAAACUUGAUUCUGAGGUUAGCUUCGGUACCGAAGCCUACUUCGGAUACCCGUUUUAAAAUGGUUUUCAAGUUUAAUAAAAUGCUGAAGUCUUGCGAGAUGGAUCUCCGUACAGCAUUAAAACAAAUUUUGGAGCAAACUGACUUCAGAUCUUGGAUCCGAAGCUCGCUUCGCUCAUCUCUUAUGUGUGUCCCUUGAUGAUGGAGGCCACCAUCAAGGGAUUUUCAAGGCUUCUGAUAUUUAUGGCCCAUCGUGACGAAGCGGAGCCAAACGGAUCCAUCCUGGCACACAAUGUAGGUCAAUUGGGACGGAUCCGUUUUCUCUGG